CACACUUCCUUAGGGCCUCUUCCCACAGCAGCCCCUGCACUGCUGUGCCUGCUCCAGCACUUCACCAGGCACGGGAGAGGAACCAGGAGGAACCCACCAGGCUGAAGGAUGAGAGGGUUGCGGUUCAUCUCUGCGGUGGGAUUUGCCACGCUGCUGUUCCCGGUGAUCCAAGGGGGAGCGUGUCCCUCCUCCUGCAGCUGCGGGUCCCCGGGAGGGUCCCGGGGGCUGCACGUGGACUGCAGCUCGCGGGGGCUGCGGGCAGUGCCCGGCCUGCCCCGGGACACCCGCAGCCUGGACCUCCGCAACAACAGCCUGAGCCGCGUCCCCGCGGGAGUCCUGGACACCCUGCCCGGCCUGGAGCGCCUGGACAUGGCUGGGAACCCCUGGCACUGCGACUGCCACAUCCUGUACCUGAAGCUCUGGCUGCAAGACUUGUCUGCACCCUCCCUUGCCAGCGUCAGGUGUGCCAGCCCAGCUCCCAUCAGGAUGAAGCCCCUGGCAGAGCUGACUGGGAACGAGCUGGGGAUGUGCAAGAGGCUUCUCCCAGUCAGGUGUCUGGGGUUCUUCUGGCGAGACCUCAUUUUAAUUGCUGGAGCAAUAAUUACACUUCUUUUAGUAGCAUGGGCUCUGAAAUUCUCCAAAAAGCUCGUCUGCCAACUGAACCUCGACCGGUAUGGUGCCAGGGGCCGCCUGCUGAGGAGACACAACCCCAAAAGCCACAAGGUACACUGAGCUGGGCACUGCCACAGCUGGAACAGAAACAUCCAACUCCUCUACGAGCAAAGCAAGUGCACUGGCAACACUGGUUUGAAUGGUGACUGCUACAAACAGGUCGCAGGGCUCAAAGGCUGGGUCCUGGGACGGACAAGCUUGCCUGAAUGAGGGACUCCUGGUGAGGUGUUGACAGGCAAGGUUCAUUCUGCUGCCCCUACUCAUGUGAAGAGUAUUUCUGCUAAAUUUUUUUCUAAACUUUUUUUCUAAAUUUUUUUAAAUCAUUCAACUUAGCAUUUUCCACUGAAUUCUCAGCUCUUAUAGCAAGAAGAUUUACAUCCCCAAAUCCUACACUUUUUAAUAUAUGGAGAUGAACAUCAAUUGUACUAGUUUAGCAAUUCUUUUCUCAUUCACAAGUUCUAUGAGUUUGCAACCCCUUACCCUCCCUGUGUCCCACUGGGCUUGGUAGGACCAUUCUUGUGUGCAGACAAACUCAGCUACCUUCAGCCACCCAGCCACUCAGCCACCCAGCUUCAGGAGUUUUCUGCCAGCAAAACCAUUAUGAUUAUAUAGACCAGCCACUGAAUGCAUCCCUUACUGAAUACAUUUAAAGUUGGACUGGUAAAGAGAA